CCGAGCUCCAGCCCCGGAGUGGGCCGAGUACGGAGCGGGGCCCCGGGUUCGGACACGAAGGGUUCAUGAGCCCGGGGUGGGCAGCGGGGAGGGGGCGAGUGGCUCCGGAAGGACGGGACGCUGGGGGAGGGGCGGUGGAGGCGACAGGAGGGUCCGGGCGCGGGGAUGCUGCGGCCUGGAGGCCCUCGCCCCGACCUGCAGGCGGUCCCUGCCCCCCAGGCCCAGAAACCACACAGAAGUCCUUUCUUCUUUUCUCCACUUAAAAAAUAAGGUGUGUUAUUCUGCGGUAGAAAACUUGGGACACACAGAAACGCCCUGGCAAGGACAUGACCUCCCCGCCCCCUGCCCCUUCAUCCCAUCAGCCAGCCAUAGCGCGGGGACCCUGCCCUGACCCCGGGAUGACCUUGAACAAGUCACCGUCCCCUCCAGGGGCCUGGCCGGGUCCGCAGGGGAGGCCCGGGCUGCCUUGGGUUCCAGCUGCCAGGAACCCUUUCACCUUCUGCUUUGGGGAGAUGCAGGCCAGGCCCAUCAGGCUCCAAUCAUCCGGGGCCCGGCCUCUGAUGGGAUGCCCUCCCAGACCCUCCAGGAUCCCAGCCAUCUGCCGGAGGCGUCAGUCCUGGUCAGAUUUGCCUGUAUCUCCCUGGCCCCCGCAGGGUGGUCCUGGGUCAGCAGGAGGAACCCUGCCUGGGUCCUACCUGAGCUCAGGGCCUGGCUGGCCUCAGCUCCCCUUCUGGGAAGAGUGUGUGGAACCUAGCAACUCACAGAUUGCAGCGAGACCCUCUGUGCCCAAUUGGGGCUUCAGAUUGUGGUGGUCCCGGCUCAGCCUUGGGGCAGGGUGAGAGCUAAGGGGUCUGAGGACCACCCCAGUCGCUGGGAGGUGGGGUGCACAGUGUUCCCCUCCCCCGAGGAAAGGCCUCGACCAGCAGCUGCAGAAGAGAUGCUGAUGCUUGGAGCUCCGCCCAGGAAUGGCAGCAGAGGGGUGUUGGCUGUUCCCAGGGUGGCUGGCUCGGGGCCAGAGCCCUGGUGGGAGCCCAGCCUGCCCCUCUAGUGGCGAGGGCCUCAGUUUCCUGGCCUUGUGAACUGCUUUUCUGGGUUAGUGCUGUGGGGCUCCUGGCCCACGGUCUGAGCCUGCUGGGCUGAGGACCACUGUGCUUUUCCCAUCCCCUGGGUGACCUUCCCUAUCCUCCAAGUGGCUACACCGGGAGCUGGUCCCCACCUGCCCCUGCAAAGCCCCCGCCCAGGUCCUGGAUAGUGAGGCCACCUCCACACUCAAGCUUUGCCCGUCCAUCUGUGCCAGGCCCAGGAGCCAGGGUGGGCCAGGGAGCACUGUGGGGGCCUUGCAGAGCAGCUGCUUGGGACCCCAGGACCCACAGCAGGGUCAGGGAUGGCAGCUGGGGAAGAGCAAGACCUAGGGGAGAGCUGGGCAAGGUGGCUCCUGCCUGUAAUGCCAGGACCUUGGGAGCCUUAAUGGGAGGGUCACUUGAAGCUGGGAGUUGGAGGCUGCAGUGAGCUGUGACUGGACCACUGCACUCCAGCCUGGGCAACACAGCAAGACCCUGUCUCAAAAGAACAACAACAACGAAACAGCUGGGGGAUGAACCAGAGCUGGCCCCAGUCGGGGCUCUGGCCCAAGCCCAGUCGGGGCUCUGGGGAGCAGAACUGGAGCUCUCCAGCUUCCCAAACUGAAGCUCUGUCUGCAUCAAACGCACACUCCCAGUCCCUUCCCAGCCCGCGGCUGUCUCUACUCUCCUUCCUGUCUCUAUGGUUUUGGCGACACUGGGGACCUCGUGGCCGGCUCCCAGGCCUCAGGGUCCGCUGCAUCUUCCUGGCCUGGCUGGGCGUCUUUGCAGGCAGCUGGCUGGUGUACGUGCACUACUCGUCCUACUCGGAGCGCUGUCGCGGCCAUGUCUGCCAGGUGGUCAUUUGUGACCAGUACCGCAAGGGGAUCAUCUCGGGCUCCGUCUGCCAGGAUCUGUGUGAGCUGCAUAUGGUGGAGUGGAGGACCUGCCUCUCGGUGGCCCCAGGCCAGCAGGUGUACAGCGGGCUCUGGCGGGACAAGGAUGUCACCAUCAAGUGUGGCAUUGAGGAGACCCUCGACUCCAAGGCCCGGUCGGAUGCGGCCCCCCGGCGGGAGCUGGUACUGUUUGACAAGCCCACCCGGGGCACCUCCAUCAAGGAAUUCCGGGAGAUGACCCUCAGCUUCCUCAAGGCGAACCUGGGAGACCUGCCUUCCCUGCCGGCGCUGGUUGGCCAGGUCCUGCUCAUGGCUGACUUCAACAAGGACAACCGGGUGUCCCUGGCGGAAGCCAAGUCCGUGUGGGCCCUGCUGCAGCGUAACGAGUUCCUGCUGCUGCUGUCCCUGCAGGAGAAAGAGCACGCCUCCAGACUGCUGGGCUACUGUGGGGACCUCUACCUCACCGAGGGCGUGCCGCAUGGCGCCUGGCAUGCGGCCGCCCUUCCACCCCUGUUGCGCCCACUGCUGCCGUCUGCCCUGCAGGGUGCUCUCCAGCAGUGGCUGGGGCCUGCAUGGCCUUGGCGGGCCAAGAUCGCCAUCGGCCUGCUGGAGUUCGUGGAGGAGCUCUUCCACGGCUCUUACGGGACUUUCUACAUGUGUGAGACCACAUUGGCCAACGUGGGCUACACAGCCACCUACGACUUCAAGAUGGCCGACCUGCAGCAGGUGGCACCCGAGGCCACCGUGCGCCGCUUCCUGCAGGGCCGCCGCUGCGAGCACAGCACCGACUGCACCUACGGGCGCGACUGCAGGGCCCCGUGUGACAGGCUCAUGAGGCAGUGCAAGGGCGACCUCAUCCAGCCCAACCUGGCCAAGGUGUGCGCACUGCUACGGGGCUACCUGCUGCCUGGCGCGCCCGCCGACCUCCGCGAGGAGUUGGGCACACAGCUGCGCACCUGUACCACGCUGAGCGGGCUGGCCAGCCAGGUGGAGGCCCAUCACUCGCUGGUGCUCAGCCACCUCAAGACUCUGCUCUGGAAGAAGAUCUCCAACACCAAGUACUCUUGAUGGGGCAGUGAGGGGCCUGGCCACCCUUCCUGGAGCUGGCCAGGUGCCAGGGUCCAGCCCUCCCUCAAGGGAUCCUGUCAGAAGAUGUGAAAUGCAACUCUGUUGCAAAAUCACUCCCCUACCGUCAGAGCUCUGGAUUCCAACACCACAGACAUGAGACCCCAGCUCAGAGCAAAGGCGGACACGGACAUCCCGGCAGGAGAGUCCUCCAAGGGGGUUUGUUACUCUGAAGAACGUAAUGUCAAUAAACAGCUUUUAUGUAAUGCCCAGGGCUGAGCACCCUGAGCCCCCAUCGA